AUCCCAAACCACCACCAUGAUCAUCCCAGUGAGAUGCUUUUCGUGCGGAAAAGUCAUCGGGGACAAAUGGAACGCAUAUCUCGAGUUGUUAGCCAAUGAUAUGAGCGAAGGAGAUGCUCUUGAUGAGUUACAGCUGAAGCGCUAUUGCUGUCGUCGAAUGGUUCUCACGCACGUUGACCUCAUUGAAAAGCUCCUGCAUUACAAUCCUAUGGAGCGCUCGAAGGACAAGAAUUAUUGAUGCCUUCUGUACAGGGUGUCUUAUUUGUGUACUCGCUCUUGUGCUUGACUUUCCUAAUUUCAUCCGACUUGCGAGUCUUGUGUCGCUUAGUAGUAAGAAUGGGUGGAAGACAUGGUGAUUCCCGGAAUCUUUUCCUGUCGUCAUCGUGUCUCCCACAUUUUAUGUUCCUCCUUUCUACCCGACAGGGAACCGCGUGGUCCUCGACAAGUCGUGCCAUCGGCCAAUGUAUGCAACCUCAA